AUGGAAGGCAUGUAUAUAUGUAAGGGAGGAUAUGAUGUGGUGGGCAAAGAGAUUAGAGAAUGUGUUAAAGUAAAUCACAGGCAGUUUAUGAAAACAAAAAGUGAAAAUUCACAUGAAAAUGGCUCAACACAAGAAAGCCCUCCGUUCACAUCACAUGGAUUCCUCUUCUACACUGAAUUGCCUUCAGGAUAUGUCGCCAUGGUUUUCGAUCCUCCUGAAAUGCGUCAUUAUCUUGGAAGCGUAUUGCCAAGGUUUUCACAGGAAGAAAUCAGCAUAGAUUUCAUUGCCAUUAACCAUUGUUCAACAUUAUAUGCCAAGGAUUGCAUCCAUUCUGCUUGUAUCCCAGCCUGGGAUCGCCCUAUCCGAGGCUUUACUGCAAAUCCAAGGUUCUUUGUAGUUCCAAGAGGAAUGGAAAAGAUUAUUAACUAUGUUAAGGAAAGAUACAAUAGUAUGCGAAUGAUUGUGACAGAAAAUGCUGAACAUUAUCUUAAUGAAUUGCUUACUUUGAAUUAUAGAGAUGGAGCUGAUGUUGGUGGGUAUUUCGUGCGGAGCAUGAUCGACAACUUCGAAUGGAUCGAUGGUUACAGUGUGCGGUAUGGACUUUACUAUGUUGAUCGCCAAACUCUUAAACGAAUGCCAAAGCUUUCUGCUAAGUGGUAUAAAAAUUUCCUCACAGUUGAUGCUACUAGCAAUAGCAAUAGCAGCAAUAUUUUCAAAAGGAAAAAUAUCAUGAGCACUAGAGAGAUGGUGAGCUUGGGAACAGAAAUAGUGCUUGCAGUGGUGGGUCUAUGGGCAAUGUUUGUGCGACCUGAGGUUCUGAGAUUCGCCGAAGAGAUGAUGCAAGUCAUGGCUUCUUCCAUCUGCCAGUUUAUUAGAGGGACUCAUUAUUCUUCUUCUCCUAAUUCUAAUCUUCACUGA